AGCUAAUAUGGUGAACAACCACAGUACCUUACGUCCAGAAGUCACACAUAGCAACAUUAGCAUUAGCAGUCUUGUUUCUGGCCACAGGGUGAAUGAUGGUGACGACCCCCUGUGUCCACACCACCACCCCCUCCCAUCCUCCCGGUAAAGUGAUAUCACACGGUGUAAAGCUGACACUGUCGCUCCCACCGCUGCUUUUCCCACCCCGCCCCACCGGGACCGACGGCAGCGGGUGCCAAACCGCCCCCCGGGAGCCGCGCUGAGGACGCAGCCAUGCCGAGCGAUGACACUCAGCAGCCGGACUGCCGCCUCGUCUCAUCCGUCUCCAGCGCUUUACAGAGGAGGAGGAGGAUGAUGCCAUGAGAUUUCCCAUAGGCCCUCACUGGCACCUGGCUGUGAGUGAACCGGGGGGAAAGAGGGGAUAACCGACGGCGGAUAAUGACGUGAUGGUUCCGGUUGUGCAGGGGGGCUCCGAGCGUCUUUAAUGACCGGUGCUGGAGAGGAAAUCACCGGACUUUAUUGUGCGCGGAACCGUGUACGAUAGUGGACCACCCGCACUAAAAAAAAAAAAAAAAGCAUUCUCUCAAACAGGUUGCUGAGAUUUCAUUCAAUCUGAAAGGGGGCUUUGCAGCACAGUCGAGGAUGCUGUCCACCAGAUGGUGACUUCUUCAGGAGUUCCAGUGAGAGGAGGUUUUGAGACGAUCACUCCACAGGGCUGUCAUGGUCUCCUACCUUCUCACACUCCUCCAUCUCUGCCUCUCCCGCUGUCUUCUAAUGGUUUGAUGGAGAGCUGGUCGAAUGUCAGCGGGAACUAUUGUUAUAUCCGGAGGAAUUCUCGCCGGAGUGAUACUGCUGUGCAUUGUAGCAGUGCUCUGUUACUGUAGACUCCAGUAUUACUGCUGUAAGAAGAAUGAUUCUGAGGUGGACAUGGGCUCUGCGGUGGGAGCGGACCCUCUCUCUCACUUUCCCUGCAAUGCCUGCAACGCCCUUGCCAUGGACGGCGCGGCUAUCACCCCGGUCUCUCUGGAUCAGCUGGACACGGGUUCUCACCACAACCACUGCCCCACCUGCUCACCGUACACACUCCGCUCUGGACUCGCAGACGGCGUGCGUAACGGAGGCGAGCGGCUGGGCUUCCACACCUACUACGAGAACCCGUCUGUCUCUCUCCCGCUGUCUGCCAACCCACAGAGCUCCUCCCCUCUGAGUUACUACAGUUCGUCGGACAUGUUUCCUCCCCCGCCACGCCCCUACAGCACCCAGGUGUGACCUCUGCUGCACCGUGAAGACACACACACACACACUCGCACAUAGAAAACUUUUCUGGCUCAGUUCAGGUGAUGGACUCGAUACAGCACAAUUACAAACAUGCCCACAUUACUGCACACGCUCACUCCUGCCACACAUUUCAGACUCAUUCGUCCAUGGGGGUGACCCAUAAACUGAGCCCACUGACGGAGCCUCUGUGUGGGCAAUACACCCCUUCGGAGCGACAGACAGCAGCAUAAACCAGAGUUAGAUCAGCAGGGAAGUGGUACGUAACUCCAGUACAACCUCAUUUUGUUUCACACGAGACCACAUCACACGCGCUACUAAAAUGUGUCUAAAUGUGGGCGUGAACGCACCUGGAUUGUUGCAUCAUUUAAGCCGAGCUGGUCGGGGACACAUGAACCUGCAUAGAGUGUGAACACAACAGGGUCUCCAGACACACUGAAAGACAGCCAAGUCUAUUUUUUACUUGUGUAGGUGCUAUGGUCGCAAAGGCUAAGCAAUUCCCAUCAGACAUGUUAAUGAUUUAUGGUUAUUCAUUCAUUCUUAAAAGCUUAUAAAUACAAAAUGCACAUUUUUCCCCCAAAAAGCGUACUUUAAACAAUUGAUGUGCACUUUUUUUGCACCAUAUGAUUUGAGUCGUGAAUUAAAUCAAAUUAAAUAACUUCCUGAGUAAAUUCCAAAUAUUCUGGCUUUGAGUUUAGUAAUAAUCGUAGGAAACAAAAACUUAAACCCAAGUAUGAAUUGAUUGUUCAUUUAUUAUUGAUAAUUGUAUUCUCAGUACACAGGAUGUUGAAUUGUUUGCUUGCCUGCUCGCAUUUAUUAUUAUUUGUACAUGUUCAGCUGUUCUGCUACUAAAGAGAACUGUCCGUGGUUAUGAUGGUAAUUAAUUAGGAUUAAUUAAUCCGUGUAAAAAGUGCAGUUGAACACAGUCCCUUCAAUUAACACCAAAUGACAUGGAUCUUUUAGGAAACUUGGUGUUGGAGCUUUGGAGAGAAGGACCACCGCCUCGCUAGUUUCUGUUGUUCUCUCCUGCAUUGUUCCCCUCUCCAGUGCUGGGGUUAACUGAAAGGCUCCAUGCUAACCUGAGAACCCCACCACACCCCCUCCAGUUUACUGUACAUGAGGGCUAACAGUCUUUUCUACUAGGUGUUGUUGUUUGACAACGACAGAAACUGCUAAUGGAGCUUAAUUGUGUUUCUCAAGAGAGACCCGAGGAGUGAAAGAGAAACUGCAACUUUUUAAGCAUUUUCUAGUCUAGUUUUAGUCUCGCUGGAAUCGUAUGAAUUUAAUUUGCUCGUGUUUUCACUUCUGGUUUAUUGAAAUGAAAUUACUAAAAGGAGAUUGGUUCUGCGGUGUCUUCCAUAUAAGUCGAUGUAUUUAACUUCUUCAUGUUUACAGAGUGAGAGUGAAAUCCUCACGUUUUAGAGGCGUCGUAGGAAGAAAGGAGACACUCGGAUCAUGUUCUCUGCUUUGUUGAUCUUGAAGCUUAAUUUUUGUAUCUUAUAAGCCAUUAUAUCUGCUAUACAGUACAGUAACAAGAUGUUAUUCCACAGUAUAUGCCUGAAUCUAUAUAUUUUUAAGGAGUGUUGUAGUUUCUGUGAGGGAUGUCAGGGUUUUAGUGAGUUUGUACCAAAUGUGAGUUUUCCAUACUUUUCAGUUAUUCAUCUUUCUCUGUAUUUCUGCCAGUCGUAUCACAGCGGAGGAAUACAACGAGAAGAGAAUGGAAAUGUACAUUUGGAACAAGAGAUUUACUUAAAAAUGUAAUUUAGCAACAAAUAUGUAAAGUGGUUUAAAACAAGUUCUAUUUAGCAUAACAGAUUCAAGGUUAUUAGUUAUAUAGUGAAACAACAUAUACAAGAUAUAUAUUCUGUAUUUUCUCACACCACAUUGUUGCCACUGAGCUGUGACCUUUAUUAUCACAUCUCUUUCCUCACCUCACCCCUUGUUAUUCAGAAGUGUGUGCUAAAUUAUAUAUGUAAAACAACCUUUAUGUUAAUCUAGACGUCCACUCGGCGUUAGUGUUCACUGCCACGGAGCCGAUAUACUCACUCAACAAAUGUGGUCCACAUAGUUUGGUGAAAGGGUUUUUGUGAUGACCAGUUUGUUGCACCGUUGCUGUAUCAGAACUGAACUGUUUCUUUUUCUUCUUCUGACUGUUGAAAAUUGUAUUUUUCAGAUUUUUCUCUAUGAAACUAGAAUACGUUUUGGUAUACCCUGAUACAAAUCCACCACGUUUCACAAAAUGUUCCUUUUUUGUUUUUGAGGAGGAAUAAAUGUUUAUAUCUGCCUGGA